AAGGAGAGGCUUCAUAGCGGUUAGUCAUACUUAAAUACUGCUUUCUCCCUCGCCCAGUGAAUCCUGUUCCGUCGACUGCGUCCACAUGCAAGAAAACGGAAUCCCGGUGGAAAUAACUGGCGUUUGUUUACACUCAUCAGCUGUUCCGCCGACUAAGCAGCUGACCGGGCGAGGGAAGGGCCGCCCACGCACGAGGUUACGACAGAGCUACGCCCUUUUGGGUUAACUAACGGCUUCCCUCCUAAAGUGUUAAAUAUUUAGAGAUAUCCGUUGCUUUUGAAGUGUAGAGGUGACCUAUAAUUCAAGAUGAGUCUUUUAACAUGGGCAGCUCGGGCCACCAGGUCACCACUAUGUAUCAGACAGGGAUUCCCAUCUUGGUCAGCUGGCAAUCCUGGAUCACAUAUGCGUAUAUCUCAGUGGAAGACAGUGAAAUUGCCAAAACAGCUGAGCAAAGUUGUGGCUCGCUCUGUGCAUGUGGCAAGAACUGAAACCACUUCACACACAGAAAAAUUCUCCUUGACAGUUUUGCUGAGGCUAGGGUUAGGAGGAGGAACACUGAUUGGUAUAAAGGGACUUCUGACUCCUGUAACAGCUGAUUGCAAGGCAAGUCCCCCAACCCCAGCUGUAGUUGCAGAGAUACAUGAUAGGUUACAUGGAGCAGGCCAAGCUGAGGAGGAUAAGGAUCCACCCUUCGACUGGCUUUACUUUUGGCACCUGUUAAAGCCUCAGUUGCACUACUUCUUGGCUGCUAUGGGGAGUGCCCUCAUAGUUUCCUUGGCCAACAUACAAAUACCACUGCUAUUGGGAGAGAUUGUAAAUGUUGUGGCAAGAUUCACAGGAGAGCACACAGAAGAAGGAAAUAGUUACAUCAAGGAGAUCACUGAUCCUACCCUGAAAAUUAUAAAAUUUUAUGUUGCUCAGGCAAUCUUUACCUUCUCGUACAUAGCUUUUCUGACACGAAUGGGUGAGCGCAUGGCAGAUGACCUAAGACAGCAACUCUUUGCUGCUCUGAUGAAGCAAGACAUUUCUUUCUAUGACCAACACAAGACGGGAGAGUUAGUUAACAGGUUGACAGCAGAUGUACAAGAUUUCAAGAGUUCAUUCAAGAUGUGUAUAUCACAAGGGCUCCGUAGUGUCACGCAGAUCAUUGGUUGUGGUGUUUCACUUUAUUCUAUAUCACCCCAAAUGACUGGACUAACUGCAGUGACAGUGCCAGUAAUAAUUGGAAUUGGCACUGGUCUUGGCAGUCUGUUGCGUGCACUCUCUCGUGAAGCACAACACCAGGUUGCAAGAGCUACAGGAGUUGCAGAUGAAUGUCUAGGCAACAUGCGAACAGUGAGAGCAUUUGCCAUGGAGGAUUCAGAGGAGACUCUCUAUGCAAGGGAGGUUGACAAAUCAAGACAACUGAAUGAAGAUCUAGGCCUUGGCAUAGGUCUGUUUCAGGCUGGCUCAAACUUAUUUCUGAAUGGCAUAGUACUGGGGACCUUGUACAUGGGAGGUUCUCUGCUUGCCACUAAUCAGCUGAAGCCAGGUGACCUCAUGUCCUUCCUUGUUGCUGCCCAAACCAUCCAGCGCUCGCUUGCUCAGCUUAGCAUUCUCUUUGGCACAUAUGUCCGCGGCAUUAGUGCUGGCGCGCGUGUAUUUGAGUAUAUCAAGUUGCAACCUUCCAUCCCUCUGAAAGGUGGAAAGAUCAUUCCCUACCAUACACUGAUGGGCAAUAUUGAAUUCAGAAAUGUGUCCUUUGCUUAUCCAACAAGACCAGAUCAGGAGGUGCUGAGAAAUUUUAGCCUACGGAUUCCAGCUGGCCGAGUGGUGGCUUUGGUAGGAAGCUCUGGGGGAGGCAAAUCUACCGUGGCACAGCUUCUGGAAAGAUUCUAUGAUGUAAAGGAAGGCUCCAUCACCAUAGAUGGAGAGGAUAUUCGCUGCCUUAACCCCACUUGGCUUCGUGGCCGCAUCAUUGGCUUCAUCAAUCAGGAGCCAGUGUUGUUUGCUACAUCCGUUAUGGAAAAUAUACGAUAUGGCCGUCCUGAUGCUACUGAUGAAGAGGUCAUAGAAGCAGCCAAAACAGCAAAUGCUCACGCCUUCAUUGAAGCAUUUCCAAGAGGCUACAAUACAAGGGUUGGAGAACGGGGUGUUACAGUGUCUGGAGGGCAGAAGCAGCGCAUUGCCAUUGCUCGUGCUCUGCUCAAGAAUCCAACCAUUCUUGUCCUAGAUGAAGCAACAAGUGCACUUGAUGCAGAAUCAGAGGCAGUGGUUCAAGAAGCCUUAGAAACCUGCAUUCAGGGCCGCACAGUUCUGAUUAUUGCCCACCGUCUGUCUACCAUUCAGAAUGCUGAUGUUAUUGCUGUCAUGUCCCAUGGAAAGCUAGCUGAGAUUGGUACUCAUGAAGGUCUGAAGAAAUUAGGAGGUAUCUAUGCGGACUUGAUACGUCAGCAGCAAAGAGAAGAGGAAACUCCACAGAAAUCUUGGGGCUUUGUAUAAUGAAUGAUUUCUCCAAAGGAAGCGCCUGAUUAAUGUGUGUCUUCUAAAUUUUAGUAUGGGUGACAGAAAUUUGUCUUCAGAAAUAUGGCUGUGAGAUUAAGACGUUGUGUCAUGUUGUUAUAGUUGAUUAAGCUAUGUCAGAUAUGAUAAGCUUAUGAAAAUUUGCCAAAAUCAUUUGUGAGAAAUUUUAUGGUUAAUAUGCGAGUUAUAAAUUGGUAAAUAAUAUUUAUACCCUGUUUUGAUUAUCCAUUUCAUUGGAUAGACUUUGAGGAUGGUUGUAAUUUAAGUUGUGUGUGUCAAGUAUAGCUAUUUCACAAAAGAUAAACAUAACUGUAAUAUGCACAUAAUUUUCAUAAAUGAUGUGAUGCUCUAUUUUUGUACUGAUAUUGUUGUAACAUUUUGAGCAUUUACCUCUACUCUUUGCGAAUAGAUCAGCUGUUCUUUUGUAGACUUAUUAUUGAGUAUUGUAUUAGGUCAUGCACUAUGCUUUUACUCAGCUACUGUCAGCAUAUUGGAGACCUGCAUUCUGAGCAUUUAUUGGUUACCUUUACUUAAAAUGACAUUACCUUUAGGUAAAAUGACA